CUCUGUCCGGUGCACUCAUCAGAUCAGAGUGACGGAGAAGCUGUGGCGCCAAAUCAGACACGACACGACCCGACCCUCUUAUUCUUCUUCUUCUUGUUCUCUUCUGCUGUGCAACUCGACUCCGUCUCUUCUAGUCCACCCACCGUCACGCUCAUUAAGCUAGCCGCGCUAUGGAGCUCUGUUCUCCUUCUUCUUCAGGGGCCAUGGCCCUGACGUGGGCUCGUUCCAUCUCACCUAAUUCUCUCCACAUUUCGCAUCCUCCUUUCUCCAUGGCCUGCGAAACUAGGCGGCUCAGGGUGUGCUGUGCUGCCGAUCAGUCUCAAAAGGGUAACGGGAUGACCGUGUCAAUAACUGGAGCCACAGGGUUUAUUGGUAAAAGAUUGGUGCAGCGACUGCAUGCAGACAAUCAUUCAGUUCAUGUCUUAACUCGCUCCAGAUCUAAAGCGGAGUUAAUAUUUCCGGUCAAGGAUUUUCCAGGAAUUGUGAUCGCAGAUGAGCCUAAGUGGAAAGAUAGCAUUCAAGGUUCAAAUGCUGUUGUUAAUUUGGCUGGAACGCCCAUCAGUACUAGGUGGUCUUCUGAGGUCAAACGGGAUAUCAAGGAAAGCAGGGUUAAAGUAACUUCAAAGGUUGUGGAUCACAUAAACAGCUCGCCUGAAGGCUCUGGACCCACUGUCCUGGUUAACGCGACUGCUGUUGGUUAUUAUGGUACCAGUGAGACAAAAGUGUUUGAUGAGCAAAGUCCAUCAGGAAAUGAUUACUUGGCAGAGGUUUGUAGAGAGUGGGAAGCAACAGCCCUCAGAGUAAACAAGGGUGUUAGAUUAGUACGCAUCCGAAUUGGUGUAGUUCUUGGUAAAGAUGGGGGUGCUCUAGCUAAAAUGAUUCCAAUAUUCAUGAUGUUUGCUGGUGGACCUUUGGGAUCUGGACGACAGUGGUUUUCAUGGAUACAUUUGGAUGACAUGGUGAAUCUGAUUUAUGAGGCUCUAUCUAAUCCAUCUUAUGAAGGAGUAAUUAACGGAACCGCACCCAAUCCUGUUCGAAUAGCUGAGAUGUGCCAACAUCUUGGAGACGUAUUAGGCCGUCCCUCGUGGCUGCCAGUGCCAGAUUUCGCCCUCAAAGCUGUGUUGGGAGAAGGAGCUUGUGUGGUUCUGGAAGGGCAAAAGGUGGUUCCAGCUAAAGCUAAGGAGUUGGGUUUCUCCUUCAAGUACCCAUACGUGAAGGAUGCGCUAAGAUCCAUUCUUUUGUGAGAGGUCAUAGCACGUCGAGGAAGACCAGUGCGACUCUCGAGCCAUUCAUUAUUCUUUCAUCCUAUAGAAUAUUACGAUCCUACAAAGCAUGAAGUAGAUGAUUUGUCUGGUUUUGUCGAGAAUUACAUAAGCGUAAAAGCUCCUUCCAAAUGUCUUACCGAAAAUCACAGCCUUCGCCCUUAAUGCUUCCUUCUUGUUUCUUC